AUGCUGACUGCCUCUAUCUAUAAUGAUGGAGAGGAAGUUACUUCUGGGAGAAGGUUGGUUAUCUUGCAUAGUGGUAGGCGGUUAUCAGCACUAAAGAAGGGGAACCAUGAUGGCAGUGGGAUUUGUGGGUCUAAUAGUAUUUGUAGCAUUGGUGAUGAUUCGAGGCCUACAUGUACGUGCCCACCAGAUUACUCUCUCGUAGAUCCUAAUGAUAAAUACAGCGACUGUAAACCUGAUUUUAGGCUCGACAGUUUUGAAAGUUCUGCUAAGAGAGUCAUGAAUGGUGGGUACAAAUUAGUUCACUUUCCAAGUACUGAUUUCAUAUUUAAUGACUACAAACGGACUGUUAUUGUGCUGCUGUCAAUUUUCGAGUCACUAAUGAUGGUGAUAGUAUUGGUUGUUGGAUGUAAAAAGCACCAUUGUCAUGGAAGAAAACAUAAUUCAAUACCGGGAUCUGCUUGGAUAAAGGUAGGGACUUCAAACCUUUCGAGUGAUUCGUUCAAUCCUAUUGAUUCAUUUCCUCCAACAAAAAAACGAGGUAAAUCAUCUAAUAGAAGCUAUGAAGAGUUAAGAGAGGCAACAAACGGAUUCACAGAAGAGUUAGGACGCGGUUCUUUUGGUGUAGUUUACAAAGGCAUGAUCAAUGGAGAAUUAACUCCAAUUUGUGUUGCUGUCAAGAAGUUGGAUCGGAUAUCAAGUGAUACUGAUCGAGAAUUCAAAACUGAAGUUAAUUUAAUUGCCCGAACUCAUCACAAGAAUUUCGUGCAGCUAGUAGGAUUUUGCAAGGAAGACGACCAAAGGUUGUUAGUUUACGAAUACAUGAGAAAAAGUAGUUUAGCAGAUUACAUUUUCGGGGAUUCAAAGCCAAGUUGGCUUGAAAGGGUUGAAGUUUCUCAAGGAAUAGCAAGUGGGCUGCUAUACUUGCAUGAAGAGUGCACCACCCAGAUCAUUCAUUGCGAUAUAAAGCCCCAAAACAUACUUCUCGAUGCACAUCAAACUGCUCGUAUUUCUGAUUUUGGGUUAGCGAAACUUUUGGGCAUGAAGCAAACGCAUACAAACACCGCAAUCAGAGGGACUAAAGGGUAUGUGGCCCCUGAAUGGUUCAGAAACAAGCCAGUCACAGUGAAGGUAGAUGUGAAUAGCUUUGGCGUUCUCUUGUUGGAGAUCACUAGCUGUCAAAAAAACGUAUGCAGCAAACUCAUAGAGACGGAAGGAGUAAUUUUGACGGAUUGGGCAUCGGAUUACUACCAAUCUGAUAGAUUAUCUUUACUUGAUGAUGAGGAGGCACUAAGGGAUGGAAUCCGGUUGAAGCAAUUUGUAAUGGUUGCGAUUUGGUGUAUCCAAGAAGACCCGAGCCUUCGACCAACAAUGGGAACAGUCACACAAUGCUACAAGGUGAAAUUGAAUAAGAGUUAG